CCGGAGUGGAUGUGUGUGUGUGUCUCGUCUGGAGAGGGAGAUUAGUUUUCUUGUUGGAUUUAACGUGAUGUCUUUUCUGGACUACAAAUCUUCAACAAGGGAUACAACGCCAUUUGCCAGUGCAGAACAACGGAAAAGAAAAGUCUAAUUUCAGGUUUUUUAACCUAACUAUACGAAUAAAGUAAUAUUAGCGGCGUAUUUGUGUUUCAUGGCUGCUGGGGAUGUUUCCCAGCUGCCGGCGACAAUAGCGGCCAGCCGGAGCGUGGAGAAGGCGCUGGAGGAGGCUGCGUCGAGCGGUGCUCUCAACUUGUCUAAUCGUAAACUCAAGGAGUUUCCCCCAACCGCUAAGAAUUAUGACUUGUCGGACAUUGUAUACGCAGACCUGUCCAAGAACCGGCUGUGCGAGCUGCCUGAGGAGCUGUGUCAGUUCAUCUCCCUGGAGACGCUCAGCCUCUACCACAACUGUGUGCGCUCCGUCUCCUCCAACCUGGGCCACCUACAGGCCCUCACCUACCUCAACAUCAGCCGUGGCUCCAGCUCUCAGAUCUCUGCCCCCCAAAUCCGUUAUUGUCGGCUACCCCUGCUCAUGAGGGUUCUCUCACACGUCAGUAACAACAAAGCUCGGACCCUACCAGCCUCCCAUGCGGCCUCACAACUGAAGCUGGACGUGAGCUGUAAUGACCUGCAGUCUUUGCCCGCGGAGUUGGGCCAGCUGGGCAGUCUCCGGGACCUCAACCUGCGGAGGAAUCAGCUCACCACGCUGCCCGAAGAGCUGUCAGAGCUGCCGCUGGUGCGUCUGGACGUGUCGUGCAACCGGGUGGCGCGCGUGCCCGUCUGCUACCGCCACCUGCGCCACCUGCAGACCAUCAACCUGGACAACAACCCCCUGCAGUCGCCGCCGGCGCAGAUCUGCUCCAAGGGCAAGUUCCACAUCUUCAAGUUCCUCAACAUGGAGGCCUGCAAGAGGAGCCAGGACGAGCUGCUGGACCGGGCACUCAGGCCCACGCACUUCAACAGCUGCUUGUCGGACCAGGAGCUGUUUCCUGGGCAGUAUGGAGGGCUGGACUCCGGCUUCAACAGUGUGGACAGCGGCAGCAAGAGGUGGUCAGGGAAUGAGUCUGCUGAUGACUUCUCUGAGCGAUCUCUGCGUAUGGCUGAGAUAAACCGAGAACACAGGAAUCUACAGGAAGAGGAGGAGACGAUACAGCCCACAGAAAAAGUAAAUGGUGUGGUGGAGCAGGUGGACUUCAUCGACAGCAGCGUGACAGAAGAGGAGGAAGAGCCUGAUCAGCUGCGGCCCAGCACACCGCUCACAGCGGCCCCACAGGACAAGAGCGAAAGUGUGUCUCCAUCACACAGCCCGCAGUCCACAGACAGCAGGACGAGUGUGAGUGUGUGCUCAGGGGACUCGCUCCCCCCCGCCUCCUCCUCCUCCUCCACGUCCAGUCCGUCCAGCCCCACGGAGGAGCGGCGCCGGCCCGGCACACUGCUCAUCUGGCAGGAGCGCGAGCGCGCCCAGCAGCAGCAGAGGGACAAGGCCCGCGACACCACCUUGCAGAAGACUGCGGUAAAAACAGGAAGUCACGCCACAGCGAGCAACUCGCAGGCAGGAAGUAGCCCCGGUGGUGAAACAACAGAAAGCAGCCCUCCCUCCCAAAAUGGCCUCAGGCAUAGAUGUGCAACUGAGACUUCUCUCACAAACCUGCAGCGGUCAUUCAGCAGACAAGCGUCCUCAGAUGCGGCCAUCCCCAAGGCCAGUUCUCCACCAGGCCAAACCCCGAAACCCAACAGCUUCCUGUUCCGCACCUCCUCUCGCUGUUCCGUGUCGUCUCUGGUGGAGUCGGGCCGCAGUGAGUCCCGCACAACACUCAAGUCCCCCAGAGAGGAGAGGCCAGAGGUGCUCCUGCUGCGCAAGACGCUGGAGUCCAAGUUGAAGAUCACUCUUCCUGAAGACCUCGGGGAGGCCCUGUCCAACGGCACCAUCCUCUGCCAGCUGGUCAAUCACGUGCGGCCGCGCGCCGUGUCAAUCAUCCACAUCCCCUCCCCUGCAGUGCCCAAACUGAGCGCUGCCAAGUGUCGUCUCAAUGUGGAGAACUUCAUUGCUGCCUGCCGCAGACUAGGAGUCCCAGAGGCGGAGGUGUGUAUAGCGUCCGAUGUUCUGUGCUGUCGGCUGCCCGCCGUCAUGCGUACCGUGCGGGCCUUGCUGGCCGUGGAGGGGGUGGAGUCGGAGGCGGAUCAUAAAGAGAAAGCCAAUCCCGCAUCCGUAUGCCCCACCUCCCCCUCCUCCCAGGCCACGCCCCUACAGCUCCCCAGCGGCUUCCUGCUCUUCUACUGCCUCGCCAUGGCCCUGCUCUAUGCCCUCUACUGCCACCUCACCGCCUAGACUGUGUGUGUGUGUGUGUGUGUGUGUGGAGACACACCAUGGGCUAUCGCAAAUGCUGCAAAAGUAAACUGUCAUGCUCGUCAUUGGCUAAGGAAGAUUUAUGUACAUACACACAAUCACAGCUGUGUAUACUCUGUGUGUGUGUGUGUGUGUGUGUGUGUGUGUGUGUUUGUGUCUGUGUCUGUGUGUCAGUGUUGAUGCUUGCUUAAAAAACUGCACAGUAAAACACACUUGCGUGUGAGAAUAGCCAGCUGUUAGGAGAGUUAUGCCGCGUGAGAAAAGUGCAUUCUUACCAAUGAUCUGGUCAGCUGGCCUCUGCUCCCAACUGGGCCAAGAACACACAUACACACACGAACACACACAGUUAUGCACAUGCUUGAACAGCACAAGCUUCGCUUUGUAUAUCAGCACAUCAUAUGGACACAUGUCUGCACAGCCCCCAUUUUGUGGCCAGCCACACACACACACACACACAGUAUUGUAGAUACUGAUCUCUAUAGAGAAUGUAAUUUAUAGACAUGAACUGAUGGGACUGUCCCUCCCCUGUACUUGGCUAAUCUCUCCAGCCACCUCCUGGACGUCGACCUAUGAGAGCUCUUUAACAUGCGAUAUCUCAUUGUCCCGAACUAGCCUGUCUAUCGUAGCACCGUCCUUCAACAGGAAGUUCAGCAGGAUGUCUUAUUGUCUGAGAGACUGUGUCUGUCCGUAUAUCCCCCUUUUCCCAGAACCAAAACAAGGAAAAUAUGUACAAUAAUAUUACAGAAAAACACUAAACGACCAAGGCACAAAUACAGUACCCUAGCCAUACAGCUGUCUGUCUCAUUGGUAUACAUAAUAACUUUUUUCACUUGUCACAAAAUAACACUAUGCUUGAGAACUGUUAAGGGGAAAACGUGAUGUAAACAGGGUUUAUAAUGUAAUGUUACGAUGUAUCUUUCAAGGGCUUUCCCAUAAUGCUGCCUUAGAUCCGACCAAAUUAGCCUGGAACCAAACACCAUUUCUGUGUUCCAAUUCGCACACUUCUGUUCUAACAAUACCUAAUAUGACUAACUCAUAUUAGAUUAGGUAUUAUAAGUACAGAAGUAUGCAAAUUGGAGUACAGGGCAUAAAUUAGAUACGGUUUAACAUGUGGAAAGGAGCCUGACACGCAUUUAAAUGACACUAAAAUAUAUAUAUUUUUCUUAAUCACCUAUGUUAUGUCAGUUUUGCAGAAAGGGCUAAAAUAGUUUUAUGAUUGUUUUUUCUGCGUGGACUGUUUACUGCUCACAAACUUACGUGCCUCUGCCCGCGUGAUAUGAUCCGUUUUCAUGCUGUUCGUUUGCAUUCGUUGCUAUGCUUCCUCUGUUACGCCGACUGUGGCCAACAGGUGACAGUGUUGCACCACUGCUUUCCUUAUUUUUUUUUUUAAACGUCAUGGUACUGAAACGUUAUCUCUAAGCUUGUAGUGAGUUGUUACUUACUUGUUCUUUUUGGUUGUUCGAGUGAGCAUUAUGAGCUUGUUCUGUCUAUACGUGUACACAUUGGAUUAAGUUAUUGUUGAGUUAUUUUUUUUAUUUAUUGAUGUGUACAAAUGCCUUUUUGAAGAGUUCUGAGUCGGUGCUUGGCCAAAGCAGAGGCCUCAUGUAGUAGCCUAUUAAACGUUCUAAUGUGAACAGUAGCAUUAGGCUAUCCUACCUUAUUGUUCUAAUGUGAACAGUAUAGCGUUAGGCUAAUCAUACCUUAUUGAAUAGCUCUGUUUAGAAACAGGGCUCUGCAGACUAGAUGGAAAGAUAGGGGAGAUUAAAAAGUCAUGUAAUUUGGUGAACUCACACAACCUUUCCCAGCAGGCACUGCUGCUAUGUGAUGGUGGAUAUUCUUAGUAAGCUAAGUGCAGUUUUGUCUUUGUUGUUUGUAUGCGUCAUGAGGCCUCUCUGCGUUGGUCAGUGCUGUGCUCGGGCUCUUCUGUGCUUUUGGAACACGUGUGCGCUGUGGUUGUCAGACACAGUCUGUGAAAGUUCAGAAGUGGUGAGUCCAUACUGAAGUGAGGGGUAAAUGUCUGACUGAGGAAAAGUGGCAGAAGGAGAUCAAAAGAUAGAGAGACGAGGGGGAGAUGAAUGGGUGGGAAGGUGCAGGGCGGCACAUCUUAACACUACAACCGUGUCUGGUCACAACCCCUCGUAAACUAUUUUUUACCAGCGUCUUAAACAACAGAUAGCCUAGAAGCAUGUGGUCUUGUGAAGCAGUUAAAAGAGAGGGUGAUAUUUUUGCAAUGUGAAAAUACUGCUUUUUUUGGUAAGAUUUUUAACCACAAUUUCUGAAUUACAUUCAUUAGACCCUGUAUGUGAAAGUACUUGAAAAUCUGCCCUUGCUAUUAAUGGGGGUAAGUUUUUUUUUUUAGGGGGCAGGUGAGUAGGGGUACCCAGGACAGAGGAGGUAGGCAAAUAGGGAGCUGGGAGCUGUUUCAUAAGCUUUUGGGUAGAAUUUCCAGGAAUGUUGGGGCCCCCCCAGGAACCACUAUGGUGACUUCAUACCAUGUCUGUUACAAAAAUUACAAAUUUAGCCACUUUGCUAGUCCUGCUUUUUUGAUGAUAAUGUCUCCAAACCAAAUUGUAUAUUUUUUUAAAUUGUAAAUGGUGAGAAAAAACCCAAUUUCACUGGUUUAGAGACGGACUGUUUCUUUGGGGGUCAAAAAUGGGGACUCUGUUGUAUGUAGUAUUUAUACUAUAGCAUUGUAUUUAAUGAAACGUUAAAUAUGAGUUUAUAUGAAUAUAAAUAUAUAUAAUUUGUUUCUCUUUCUGUAAAGAAAUUUAUUAAAAACCUGAAAAAUCUUUGACCAUA